CACACCACAACCACCCUCCUAACCACUCCCCAGACAUCAACCACCACCACCAUGACCACAAUAACCCCCACCCCAGACAUGGAAAUCAACGUCGACAUCUACACCCAAGAACUCCUCCUCGCGGCCUCCAACCACUCCAUCCCCACCCUCCGCCGCUUAAUCCGCGAGAACCAACUCCCCGGCAACCCCGUCAACGUCAAAGACCCCGAGACCGGAUUCUCACCUCUCCACGCCGCCAUCGCAGCCUACGAGCCUGAAGAGCCCCAACAACCACAGGCUAAUGGCGUUGAGAGCAAUGGCGAGGCAGCAGAGCAAGAGCAAGAGCAAAGCGCGGGAGGCAGCGCCGCUGAAACAGUCAAGUUUCUGCUUCAGGAGGGUGCGAUUUGGAAUGAUCUAGACCUCAACAAUGAGACGCCCGGGUGUGUUGCGAAGAGAAUUGGGGCUGCGGAGUUGUAUGAGAUUAUGGUUGAUGCGGGGGUUAGGGCGGAGUUGUUGUUGGGGAGGUUGGAUGGGUAUGAGGCUUUGUCUGAUGAUGAUGAUGAGGAGGAUGAAGAGGGCGAGGGCGAGGUCGAGGCCGAACAGGAAGCCGAACAACAAGAGGAACCAACCACCACCACCACCACCACCACUGAACCCACGACCGAAACAGAAGAAGCCACCAACCCCUCCGUAACCAAUCCCCGGUACCUCGACUCAACCCUAACCUUCACCAACGACCGACUCCUCGACGCGGACCAAAACGGCGUCAUGAUGGCGUGGGAAUCCACCAUCAUGGAGAAAUCCGCGCAGAAGCUUCUCCCCACCCCGGGUCUCCGGGUCCUUAACAUCGGCCAUGGCAUGGGUAUCGUGGAUACGUUCCUGCAAUCGCAUCAACCGAGCGAACAUCACAUUAUUGAAGCGCACCCGGCCGUGAUCGCCGAGAUGAAGCGCAAGGGGUGGGAUCAGAAGCCUGGGGUGCGGAUCCAUGAGGGCCGGUGGCAGGAGGUGUUGCCGGCGUUGGUGGGUGAGGGGGUGGAGGUGGAUGCGAUUUACUAUGAUACGUUUGCGGAGUCGUAUGCGGAUUUCCGGGAGUUUUUUAGUGAGCAGGUGAUUGGGAUUUUGGAGCAGGAUGGGGGGCGUUGGGGGUUCUUUAAUGGGAUGGGGGCGGAUAGGCAGAUUAGUUAUGAUGUGUAUCAGAAGGUGGUGGAGAUUGAUCUGUUUGAGGCUGGGUUUGAGGUCGAGUGGGAGGAGAUUGAGGUGCCCAAGUUGGAGGGGGAGUGGGAGGGAGUGAGGAGGCCGUAUUGGAUGAUUGAGAAGUAUCGGUUGCCCGUGUGUAAGUUUAUGAACUGAUGGGUGGGGUUGCAUUUAUGUGAUGAUGGUAUAGAAUUUCAUCUGCAGUCUAUUGCAUCUUUAUAAGUUAUAUACACGAGA